GCGGCAUGUAAUGUAAUGCUCACUUGAAUCCCAAUUUAAACAAUUAAUAAAAACAUUGAAAAGAAAGACAGCAAAUGUAAUGUUAAGUGGAAGUAAUUGCAAGAGACAAUUGAAUACAGAAACAAAGUUGAUGCUCGUGAUAUUCUGAAAUAAGUAUCAAUACGCAUAUCUGAUCCCUCCUACCUAGAUUUCGUUUAAAACAAAACACGGCAAUUAGAAUUGAAAACUUAUUAGUGUUGCAGCUGAGAUCACAAAGAGACUUAACGCUGUAUUUCCUCCGAUGAUUACUCUUUUCCUGAUAUUGGGAUCAUCGGUAAUCUUGAUUUACUAUUUCUUUAUAAAACCUCAACUCUAUUGGAAGGAGAGGAAUGUCACGCAAGGGCCGCCGUUUCCUAUUUUCGGAGAUAAUUCGAAGACUCUUUUUAGAAGGGAAACCUUCAUGGACAUGAUCAAAAGAGCUUACAUGCGUUUCCCAAAUGAGAGAUACACAGGAAUGUACCAGAUGACAGUUCCAACACUGAUAGUGCGAGAUCCUGACCUCAUCAAGCAGAUCACCGUCAAAGAUUUCGACUAUUUCAUGGAUCACAGUAGCUUUGUUCCCGAGAAAUCCGAUCCUUUGUGGAAUAAAAACUUAUUCGCUCUCAAAGGUGAAAUAUGGCGUGAUAUGAGGGCAACACUCAGUCCGGCUUUCACGAGCAGCAAAAUGCGCGCAAUGUUCACUCUGAUCAAAGAUUGCGCCAAUAACUUCGUAGAUUUCCACUUGGAAGCAAGCAAAAAUGGUGAAGUUACGGUGGAGAUGAAGGAUAUCUUCACGCGUUACUCGAAUGACGUUAUAGCUACGUGCGCUUUUGGAGUAACAUGCGAUUCGUUGAAAGAGCCGAUGAACGAAUUCUACUUGAUGGGUAGAGAAGCAACCGACUUCAGCAGCUUAACUAUGAAUUUAAAGUUAUUCUUAUUCAUACUGUUACCAAAAAUUGCUAAGUUGCUCAAUGUAGCUUUGUUCAACGAACAUGUCAGUAGGUUCUUUAAGAAUCUUGUGAAGAAAACUAUCAAGGUGAGAGAAAAAAAUGGGAUUAUAAGACCUGACAUGAUCAAUUUGCUUAUGGAGGCGAGGAAAGGCAGAUUGAAGUACGAAGAGGAAACGAAUUUCAAAGAUAUUGGUUUUGCUACUGUCGAAGAAUCAGAUAUUGGAAAGAUGAAAGUGAAAAAGCAGGAGAUUACCGAUAUCGAUAUUACAGCUCAGGCCUUGAUUUUCUUCUUCGCCGGUUUCGAAACUGUAUCCACUUUGAUGUGUUUCAUGGCAUACGAACUUGCAGUUAAUCCUGACAUUCAAACAAAACUUAUAAACGAGAUUGAUGAAACAAAUGCAGAAUGCGACGGAAAAUUGACCUACGAGCAGUUGUCUACUAUGAAGUACAUGGAUAUGGUAAUUUCUGAAACGUUGAGAAAGUGGCCUUCGCCCAUUGCAAUUGAACGUGUUUGUGUUAAACCAUACACAAUAUCUGCAGUUAAAGAAUCUGAAAGCCCUGUUCAUAUUAAGAUGGGUGAUGUUCUGUGGGUGCCCACCGUUGGUAUCCAUUAUGACCCUAAAUAUUACCCGAACCCAGACAAAUUCGACCCUGAACGAUUCAGUGAAGAGAAUAAACACAACAUCAAUUCAAGCACAUAUUUACCGUUUGGGAUUGGUCCAAGGAACUGCAUCGGUUCUCGCUUCGCCCUUAUGGAAACCAAAACCGUAUUCUUUCAUAUCCUAUCAAAAUUCGAGAUCACCGUUACAUCAAAGACUGUAAUCCCUGUAAGGAUCAGUAAGAAACAAUUCAAUUUAACCUCGGAUGGAGGCUACUGGUUAGGACUAAAACCAAGACAAUAGUUAUUUUACAAAACUUUCAGCAAGUUUCAGUGCGUUUGUCUUCUAUAUGAGGAGAAACUUGGUCUCCGAAUUCAAUAAAAUAUUUUUUUGAUACAUU